AUGGCUGCAUGGGAACCAAUUUCAUCCUGUAAUGAACUGAAAAAAGUCUUGGUCCAAGAGGAUGAAAAUGAAGAAGAGGUGCCAGAGCCGACAAAGGAGAAUGAGCAAGAAGAUGAUGAAGAGGAGGAGACAAAAAGGAAAAAAAGAGAAAAGAAAAAGCAAUACCUCAAGAGAAAAAAGCAGAGAAUAGAGUCUGGACAGUGGGUAGAUUCCUCAAAGGUUUACAGUGUCUACAUUUCUGGACUGCCAAAGGAUACGACAGUUGAGGAGGUUUCACAGGUUUUUAAAAGGGCUGGAGUCAUAAAAAUUGAUCCAAUAACGACUCUCCCAAAGGUCAAACUAUAUACUGAUGAAGAGGGGAAUUUGAAAUCGGAUGCUACAGUUACCUUUGUCAACCAAGAGUCUGUAGAUCUUGCCCUUCGAUACUUUGACAAUUCCGAGUUUCGUACAGGCUAUAUAAUACACGUUGAGAAGGUAUGUAUGGAUAACAAAUGUAUACGAAUACAGGCAAAAUAUGAGCCACAAAAGGGAAAACGGAUUCUAACAACUGAUCCCGAGAUGCGCAAAAAAUAUCUGGCUGCUAAAUAUGAGCAGGAGAGGCUACAGAGUUGGGGAUAUGAUAUGGAUGAUGGUACCGAUCGCAGAAUCGUUAUAUCUAAACCAAUGUUUUCAACCAAAGAGGCGGAAAUGCACGAAGCUGACUCUGACUUUUAUAAGGAGCUGCAGGAGGAGAUUCACACGGAGGUUGCAAAAUAUGUUGAAGUUGAAAAGGUCACUCCCAUACCCAGACAUCCACAGGGGAUUGUAUGUAUAAAGUUCAAGACUGGGUUGGACGCACAAACUUUUAUUUCAAAAUUUAACAAUCGUAUGUUUGAUGGGCGUCAAUUGGACGUUUACUUUUUCGAUGGUAAAACCGACCUAAAGUCGCAAGCUAUUCCUAGCAAGGCGCAGGUGGAAAAGAUCAAGGAACCACCAAAAGAGGAAAUUCCAACAUGCGUAAGUUAUUGCUUACAAAAUACAAAAUUACAGGACUGGAUCGAUGAACAAAGUAGCGAUGAAGAGUUUGAGAUUAGAACAGAGUAA